ACACGAAAGGACAAGACAGAGGUUAAGACACUCUCUCACAGACAAUAGCAGACACAAGCAGAACUGAAUCCAAAGCAGCUGCAGCGAUAAGAAAAUACAGAGGAUUUUUUUUUUUUGCAUCUAAUGGAAAAUUAGCUUUGCUGAACAUAUAAAAUCGUGUGUUUCUCCGGUCGACCCCGUAUAUCUCAGCUUACCACGAUGAAAGCGAAAGCCUUAUUGGUUUGUUUGUUUUUUAUCUGGGUUGAGGACUCGUUUUGUGACACCCCUGCCAACUGCACUUACGAAGAUUUGCUGGGCACUUGGAUCUUCCAGGUGUCAAAUGUAGGACAGGAUCGGAGCAUUAACUGUUCGACCAUGGGCACUCCUGUAAGGUCGGUAACAGUCCAUUUGCAGAAGUUGUCGGUGGCAGUAGAUGAUGUGGGAAACACUGGUUUCUUCACGUUGAUUUACAAUCAAGGUUUUGAAGUCGUCCUGUCCGACUACAAGUGGUUCGGAUUUUUUAAAUAUUCCCAGGAGGGAUCAAAAGUGACCAGUUACUGCGACCAGACUUUACCAGGUUGGGUGCAUGAUGUACUGGGUAACAACUGGGCAUGUUUCACUGGCAAGAAAAUCCAAUCUGUUGUUCCGAGGACAAACCAGAAUCCCAACAUCUAUAAUCCACUUCUCCUGCAACAACCUUACAAGCACAACAUGGAUUUUAUAAACGCCAUAAACUCUGUUCAGAGCUCCUGGAGAGCCACACUUUACAGAGAGCAUGAAGCUUUUACCAUUCGCCAGCUUAUCCAGAGGGCAGGAGGCCCUGCCUCAAAGAUACCGCGGCGUGUCAGACCUGCCCCUGUCUCUGCAGAACUGGAAAAGAUGGUCGCAGGGCUUCCAGAGCACUGGGACUGGAGGAACAUUAAUGGAGUCAAUUACCUCAGUCCAGUCAGGAACCAGGCAUCUUGCGGGAGUUGUUACUCAUUUGCCACUAUGGGAAUGCUAGAAGCCCGGAUCCGAAUCCUGACCAACAACACGGAGCAGACCAUCCUCAGUCCCCAGCAUGUGGUGUCCUGCUCACAGUAUUCUCAAGGCUGUGAUGGUGGCUUCCCCUACCUCAUUGGCAAGUACAUCCAAGACUUUGGCAUUGUGGAUGAGAAGUGUUUCCCAUACUUGGGCAGGGAUUCUCCAUGCGAAGUUCCCAAGGACUGCAGUCGACACUUCACCUCUGACUAUCACUAUGUGGGUGGAUUUUAUGGGGGCUGCAAUGAAGCAGCCAUGAUGCUGGAGCUGGUGCGAGAUGGUCCGCUGGGUGUUGCGCUGGAAGUCUACCCCGAUUUCAUGAACUACAAGGAAGGAAUCUACCAUCACACGGGCCUACAAGACACCUACAACCCUUUUGAGCUGACCAACCACGCGGUGUUACUGGUGGGGUAUGGUCGCUGUCAUAAGACCGGGCAGAAGUACUGGAUUGUGAAGAACAGCUGGGGGACAGGCUGGGGCGAGGACGGGUUUUUCCGAAUCCGAAGAGGCUCAGAUGAGUGUGCGAUCGAGAGUAUCGCCGUGGCUGCCAAACCCAUCCCAAAGCUGUAGAGGCUCUCUCUCCCGCCGGCUCCCAUGCUCUGUAUGGUGGAAUGAUGCAGAUGAAUAUUUCAUUUAUUGAAUAAUUGCUGGGAAGGUU